AGAGCUAUCUGCGUAGCUAAGGCUUCGGUCAGAUCAAACUAUAUCGGUCAAAAAUGAUUCGACUUGGCCGGAAAGAAGCGUUUGUCAUCUUGUGCAUUACUCCACCUCAAAUAAGUUUGAUCCAUGGCUAAUGGAAUUAUCUCUGUAAUUGUUAACGACUUAUCGACACCCUUCAAUGUGGACCUCACAAAACAGCGCGAUUCGCUACCGACGUUCAACUCUGCCAACAAAAAAGCAAAGCUUGCGUGCACUUUCGAAGGAGCUGCCCUUAGUGAACAAGGUAUUUCCUUAAUGCCAUAACGAUCAAGCUCGAACGGUGAUUUUGACGGGAGGAAAUAGAAUUCCAGCUUUCAACACUCGCUUUGAAAUUACGGAGGGAUUUUGUGAGCACUUCCUUAACGCCAAAACACUUUGCCCAGAGGCUUCGAUAUAAAUAGAGCUGUGCGCGUUGCAUUCGUUACAUUCAAGAACACUCUCCGAGACGAGGUUUUAUCCAGAGACUUACGUUAUAACUGCGUCGUUGUAAAGUAAAUACGAUUACCUAUAAAAGGAUCAUGGAAUCGGUCGCCUAUGGUGUUGUUUUGCUGCUGCUAUUUGGAAGCACCUUUGCCUCAGGAAAAGACCAUGACAUGACUAAAAAUUUUGAUGUACACUUUCGAAAAUUGAAAAACGCACCUCCUGAUGAGCAUAAAAGUAAAUAUCCGAAUCGUCGCCGGACUCAGCUUUAUUCCAGAAACACUGGUCAGUUUAUUCAAGUUACUCCCAAAGGAAAAGUUGUGGCGCAGGGAGCUGAUGGGGAUGUAUAUGCUGAUCUUGAAAUUCUGACGGUCCGGUUUGGUAAAGUUCACAUAAGAGGCAAAGCGACCUCUCGGUACAUCUGCUUCGACAAGCGAGGACGACUUAUUGCGAAGAAACGCGACACAGCCAGGUGUAUUUGGCGAGAACAGCAUGAUAAGAAAGCAUAUACCAUGUACGAGUCUGAAGUAUUAAAUGGGCGUUUCAUAUCGUUCAGCAGAAAGGGAAUAAACAGGUUUAGAGCGGUGAGCAGGUAUGGUACGAAGGCGGUGCAGUUCGUUGAACGACCAAGAUCAAAAGUUAUUCCAAAUAUGAGGUACUAUACCUCCCGAGGAAGAAAGAAUCCUGUAUCGCAUUGGAUGAUCGAACAGGAUAAAAUGAACUGGUUGAUCAAGCAGAAGAAGCUGGGUUUGUUAAGGAACGAGAAUAACCCACGCUUGAAUCGUUUGUUGAAGGAAAAUAAUAAAAAAAAGAACAGAAAAAAUAGAAAUAGAUACAGGAAGAAAGCUGACAAAAGAUUAGCUCAAAAGAAAGCCAAUGAAAUGAAAAGUGUUGAGGAUUAUGAUGCUGACGAGAGGUUCCCGCCUCGGAGAAGAUUUGGAGCGAAGAAAGAGAAAAAAUCUGAAUGAAAAAUGAGGAGAGAAGAUUUGUACAGCGGAAUAUGGCAAGAGAUUUAAAUAUAGGAUCCAAACGACAACAAAGAGGAGUGAGGAAUGUCUGUUUUGACUAACUAACCGUGAACGAGAAACGUCGUUACGAAGACGUUUUUAUUUAUUCUAAAAUGAUUUGUAGUUGGUUGUAAUAUAAACGAAAUACAGUCGGAAUAGAAGCAAGUUGCCCGUCAUCGAGUCAUCUUCAUGACUGCGAAUUUAUAGUAAAACAAACGGUAUAAUUGGUAUUUGUUGUUAAAACUUUACGACAGCACAAAAACUCGCUAUGGUUGAUGCACAAUUUGUGUAUUCGACUACGAAACUCUUGUAAAAUUCUUGAAAUAUUUUUGCACCUGGUAACACUUUGUAAUCCGUUAUAUUAACGUGAAGAUGCAUGUCAUUGAGUACUUGUACAUGAAGCAAUAAAAGUCGAGGUU